CUUUAGUGUCAAGUUUUCACUUAAUGGUAUCAUUUAUCUGUCACUAAUUGUUUAUUACAUGAAGUACCUCAGUAGACAGAUGCUUUUAUCCAGAGGGACCUUCAGUACCCGAUAUCUCUUGUCUGUCUCAGCCAGGGUGUAAAUCUGUCAGCCUUCCAGUCACAGACACACAAACUCACUGAGUGUAAUGCUGAAUGUCCGCUGCCCUGAUGGCCGUGCCCUGCGCUAACCACAAGAUGCACCUGUACCUGGGUGCUGCCCGUGUUGAGGAGGGCACUGAGGUCACUGACUACCGCUUCUUUGUCAGAGCCAUCAUCCGCCACUCCGACCUCAUCACCAAGGUCAUUGACCAGGUCCUGCUGUGUAGUUCUGGGCUGAUCCCUCACCUUCCUCAUGAACCUUCCCCUAUUGUCCUGUAGCCCAUCCCAGUCUUGUGCAGGUCUACAAUUUUAUCCCUGAUAUCCUUACACAUCUCUCUGGUCUUGGCCAUUGUGGAGAGGUUGGAGUCUGUUUGAGUGUGUGGACAGGUGUCUUUUAUACAGGUAACGAGUUUAAACAGGUGCAGUUAAUACAGGUAAUGAGUAAAGACCAGGACGGCUUCUUAAAGAAAAACUAACAGGUCUGUAAGAGCCGGAAUUCUUACUGGUUAGUAGGUGAUCAAAUACUUAUGUCAUGCAAUAAAAUGCAAAUUAAUUAUUUAAAAAACAUACAAUGUGAUUUUCUGGAUUUUUGUUUUAGAUUCUGUCUCUCACAGUUGAAGAGUACCUAUGAUAUAAAUUACAGACUUCUACAUGCUUUGUAAGUGGGCAAACCUGCAAAAUCGG